CAGAUCUUUAACAUGACGGAUACGAGUAUUUCUUUAUAUGGAACAGGAGGGAUGGAUAAUACAAAUCAUGUUGUCAUUCCGACGGUGGAAUACAAUUUCACAACAGUUGCAAAAAACGGCGGGACCACGCACACAGUAAACAGUGCUGUCCGUAGGAGCGAAGAGGAUAAAAUAAUGUCAUCAUCUUGGGAGUUAGGAAUACGGACAAUUCUUUGUACCGUGUCGCUGAUUGCUAAUGUGGUGUCAAUUAUCGCCAUUGCAUACAUACCUCGACCAUGGAUGUACAAACAUUAUUUAUACCUCAUGAUUAAUCUAUCAGUAGCAGACAUAUUGGGAACGUUAUCUUCUUUAUUGUCGGCUUUGAACUAUUACAUUAUACAGGUAGAUCCGUAUACUUGGAUACACAUGAACUUGAAAUAUCUGAUGGUAUUUGCUCACUGUACAUUCGUAUUUUCAUAUUCCGUAUCAGCGCUGGUUGUGCUGUCUCUGGCGCUAUGUCGUUAUAUUUCAGUAUGUCAUCCAUUUAACAGUCCAACAUUCUUGGCUCAGUCCCGUAUCAUAAUAGCUUUUGUAUGCUUAUGGAUAGCCGGCGCCGUCAUAACAAUUCCCCUACUGAUUGCAGAACUCCGAAAUGACUAUGACAUUAUCAUCACAUUUUCUAAUUAUGUCGUACCAUCAGUUUUAACACUAGUUGCUGUUAUGACAUUCAUAUUGUGUAUUAGGGUAUUCAUUGAGGCCAAGAAACUGAACAAGAGAUUAGGCGACAUCUAUGGUGUUGAUUACAGUCAAGAACUUACAAGUUUAGCGGACAAUAACGCCGUCGUUACAACCGUUUUACUAACAACUACACUACUUAUGUCAGCCUUGCCCUACUGGAUCACAAUGAUUUUGUUCUACAAAGGAAUUGGACAUCCUACCCUUGGUAUUGCCGGUGAUUAUUUUAUCAAACAUCUACCUGUUAUCAACUUCAUCAGCGAUCCAAUUAUAUACUCCUUCAGAACGCGAGAUAUUAAAAUCGGAUACAAAAAUGCUUACUACAAACUUUUACCGUACUUUAGAAACGACGAUGAUGUCGCACGGAAGGCGUCCGUGGUGUCACGUGAUACUCAACAAAUGCAGUUGGUUAUGAAUGAUGACGUAGAUGAUACGUCACGACCGAUGACCCGAUCUACGACCUUGACAAGUCAACAAGCGUACGAACAGAUACAGAAUCAAAUGAUAUGCUCUCGAACACUCCAUGAGCAAGUCCCAUUCCGACUACAACAAACUUUAAACACAAAUGAAGUAGGUCGUGUGGUAUCUGGAGUGUAAUUCGUCAUCAGCAGUCCUUAGCAAACCCCAUGUUGGUAGCUUUUGGUAAUAUUGGACUUGGUGCACUUUGAGCAACGAUCGUAUGGCGAUUUGCAAUCGAAAUGGCAGACAGAUCUACCACUACAUUAAUUUCCUUCUGAAGUAUUUUUCAAGAUCAAUCUAGAAUGAAAAAUGUUUUCGACUUAAUCUCAACGGAUACGUUGUCUGUUGAUUUCUCAUUAAUGGCAACUAUUUUUACUGAUUCUUACGAUAUAGACAGCCUUCGGGAGAUGUUGAUCGUGAUCAGAGACAACGUCUGCUUGUUGAUAUACUGGCAAACAAGGCAUCAUUACUCAGUCUAGGAUUAAACUUAAUACUAAAUAGCUAAAGCUAUAUAAAUUAUUCAAGUUUCUCCACAGACACUGACAUGUUGCCUUAACCCAAUUUGAAUAAUACAAAGAGCGACAGUAAUGGCACACAACAUUGUAUCAAGAAUUUUUAAUAUAAAUCUCAAUCGUUCGUUUGUGCACUAAAGCACAAAUUAGGCAAAAUUGGUGGUCGAUUUUUAAGCUGAUAUGCAAUUAAUGAUUUCCACAUUUGGUGAAACAGUUUUUAUCAAACGAAAUGGCAUUCAAAAGCAGCAGGCCAUUUUGCGCGGCUUAGUCUUAUUCAAUCCUGGUGCUACGAGGGUUGUCCCGAAAUUCUUUACAUAUACAUUUUGCUCUAACGUUAUCAAUACUUGAUGUUUUCAAUGAAAUGUUCAGUAAAUGAUCUUUGGAGACAUUUUCCUUAUCCUUCAGAUGUUAAUAUCAACGUCUCGUGGCGGAAGCUCAUGAUAAAGCAUUUGUGCCAU